CUCCCCUUCUUCCAUUCUUCCUCUACUCUUCUUCCUCUGCUCCGCCGCCGCCUUGUCUCCGGCAAAAUCGCCGGUGAUCUUUCCUCUCAGCUGCCGGCCGAGGAUUCAUUUUCUCUAACAUUCCUACUCUGUUCGAGAUCUCUCUUGGUGAAAGUUUGAAUCUUUCGUGCUUUGUGGAAUUGGAAGGAGAUGGAUGGAAUUUUGGGGCUUAAAAAGGUUAACUCUCAUUGCUCAAUCUCUGAGAUGGCUGACUUUGAUCUCUCCAAGCUUCUUGAUAAGCCAAGGCUGAACAUUGAGAGGCAGAGAUCGUUUGAUGAGAGGUCGUUUAGUGAGCUCUCAAUUGGCUUCACGAGAGGCCAUGACCAUUUUGAGGGCAUUUACUCGCCAGGUGGGAGGUCUGGUUUUGAUACUCCGGCUUCAUCAGCAAGAAACUCGUUUGAGCCACAUCCUAUGGUGGCUGAAGCAUGGGAUGCCCUUCGUAGGUCUCUGGUGUUUUUCAGGGGCCAACCAGUUGGUACAAUUGCUGCAAUUGACCAUGCUUCGGAAGAGGUUUUGAACUAUGACCAGGUUUUUGUGCGUGAUUUUGUACCCAGUGCUCUGGCUUUCCUGAUGAAUGGUGAGCCUGAGAUAGUUAAGAACUUCCUGUUGAAGACACUACAGCUUCAGGGCUGGGAGAAAAGAAUAGACCGGUUUAAGCUUGGGGAAGGUGCAAUGCCGGCUAGCUUCAAAGUUCUUCAUGAUCCUACAAGAAAAACAGAUACAAUUAUUGCAGAUUUUGGUGAGAGUGCAAUUGGAAGAGUUGCUCCAGUUGACUGUGGAUUCUGGUGGAUUAUUCUGCUCCGUGCAUACACAAAGUCUACUGGGGAUUUAACCCUGGCGGAGACGCCUGAGUGCCAAAAGGGGAUGAGGCUUAUAUUGGCUCUUUGUCUGUCAGAGGGUUUUGAUACGUUCCCAACCUUGCUUUGUGCUGAUGGAUGUUCUAUGAUUGAUCGGAGAAUGGGUGUUUAUGGUUAUCCUAUUGAAAUUCAAGCACUUUUCUUUAUGGCAUUGCGAUGUGCUUUGCCAAUGCUGAAACAUGAUGCAGAAGGAAAAGAAUUCAUUGAGAGAAUUGUGAAACGUUUACAUGCCUUGAGUUACCAUAUGCGUAAUUACUUUUGGCUUGACUUUCAGCAGCUAAAUGACAUAUACAGAUAUAAGACAGAGGAGUACUCUCACACUGCAGUAAAUAAGUUUAAUGUUAUUCCUGAUUCCAUCCCAGAAUGGGUAUUUGAUUUUAUGCCAACGCGUGGUGGAUACUUCAUUGGUAAUGUCAGUCCUGCAAGGAUGGAUUUUAGAUGGUUUUGUUUGGGUAACUGUGUAGCGAUUCUAUCCUCGCUUGCAACUCCAGAGCAAUCAAUGGCCAUUAUGGAUCUGAUAGAAGCUCGCUGGGAUGAGCUGGUUGGAGAGAUGCCUCUAAAAAUAGCUUAUCCUGCAAUAGAAAAUCAUGACUGGCGGAUUAUAACUGGUUGUGACCCCAAGAAUACUAGAUGGAGUUACCAUAAUGGAGGAUCUUGGCCAGUGCUCUUGUGGUUGCUAACGGCUGCCUGCAUCAAAACCGGCCGCCCACAAAUUGCAAGGCGUGCAAUUGAUCUUGCUGAGACUCGCCUGCUGAAAGAUUGCUGGCCAGAAUAUUAUGAUGGCAAACUGGGGAGAUAUAUUGGUAAACAGGCAAGGAAGUACCAGACUUGGUCAAUAGCAGGGUACUUGGUUGCAAAGAUGAUGCUAGAAGAUCCAUCACACUUGGGGAUGAUAUCUUUGGAGGAGGACAAACAGAUGAAGCCAUUGAUCAAGAGAUCGUGCUCAUGGACAUGCUGAUCCAUACAAACACUCAAAUGAAGGUAGAAGAAAGUAGGGAGGGGGAAAAUUCCAAAGGCAAGAGACCUUUGAGUUUGAUUAUAACACUAUUUUUUUUCACCUUUGGAGCGUCAAUCCAUUCAGAUUUGUUUGAAAGUUUACUUCCAUGUACAAUAUAUUAUGGGCUAAGACUAAUUUAUUGUCUUUCCAAUAAAAAGGAUAAAUUUUGCUGUUUAAU